CGCCUGCGCACUGGCAGCUGGCCGGGCGCUCGCAGGGGGAGCUGCUGCAGGCUCCGCGGCGGCGGCGGCAACGGAGGCUGUGGGGGUGGCGGCGCGAGCGGCCGGGCUUGGGGGGGGGAGCCGAGCCCGGCCCGGGAGCCCGAGCAGCUAGAGUGCGGGGUACCUAGGCCCCGCACGCUGGACUCCACAGUCUCCCGGCCGCCUGACCUCCGCACGGGUAUAUGGGAUGGAAGCGGGACCCUCGGGAGCAGCUGCGGGCGCAUACCUGCCCCCUCUGCAGCAGGUGUUCCAGGCACCUCGAAGGCCUGGCAUUGGCACGGUGGGGAAACCAAUCAAGCUCCUGGCCAAUUACUUUGAGGUGGACAUCCCUAAGAUUGACGUUUACCACUACGAGGUGGAUAUCAAGCCGGAUAAAUGUCCUCGCAGAGUCAACCGGGAGGUGGUGGAAUACAUGGUCCAGCAUUUCAAGCCUCAGAUCUUUGGCGAUCGCAAGCCCGUGUAUGAUGGAAAGAAGAACAUUUACACUGUCACAGCACUGCCCAUUGGCAAUGAACGGGUUGACUUUGAGGUGACAAUCCCUGGAGAAGGGAAGGAUCGAAUAUUCAAGGUCUCCAUCAAGUGGCUAGCCAUUGUGAGCUGGCGCAUGCUGCAUGAGGCCCUGGUCAGUGGCCAGAUCCCUGUUCCCCUGGAGUCUGUGCAAGCCCUGGAUGUGGCUAUGAGGCACCUGGCAUCCAUGAGGUACACCCCCGUGGGCCGCUCCUUCUUCUCACCGCCUGAGGGCUACUACCACCCGCUGGGGGGUGGGCGCGAGGUCUGGUUCGGCUUUCACCAGUCUGUGCGCCCUGCCAUGUGGAAGAUGAUGCUCAACAUUGAUGUCUCAGCCACGGCCUUCUACAAGGCACAGCCGGUGAUUGAGUUCAUGUGUGAGGUGCUGGACAUCAGGAACAUAGACGAGCAGCCCAAGCCCCUCACGGACUCCCAACGUGUGCGCUUCACUAAGGAGAUCAAGGGCCUGAAGGUGGAGGUGACCCACUGUGGACAGAUGAAGAGGAAAUACCGCGUGUGUAAUGUUACCCGCCGCCCUGCCAGCCAUCAGACGUUUCCCUUGCAGCUGGAGAGUGGACAGACUGUGGAGUGCACAGUGGCACAGUAUUUCAAGCAGAAAUAUAACCUUCAGCUCAAGUAUCCCCACCUGCCAUGCCUGCAAGUUGGCCAGGAACAAAAGCAUACCUACCUGCCCCUAGAGGUCUGUAACAUUGUGGCUGGGCAGCGCUGCAUUAAGAAGCUGACGGACAACCAGACUUCCACCAUGAUAAAGGCUACAGCGAGGUCGGCCCCAGACAGACAGGAGGAGAUCAGCCGCCUGAUGAAGAAUGCCAGCUACAACCUAGAUCCCUACAUCCAGGAAUUUGGGAUCAAAGUGAAAGAUGACAUGACGGAGGUGACGGGACGAGUGCUGCCGGCGCCCAUCUUGCAGUAUGGCGGCCGGGUGAGCAGGAAUCGGGCCAUUGCCACACCCAAUCAGGGUGUCUGGGACAUGCGGGGGAAACAGUUCUACAAUGGCAUUGAGAUCAAAGUCUGGGCCAUCGCCUGCUUCGCACCCCAAAAACAGUGUCGAGAGGAGGUGCUCAAGAACUUCACAGACCAGCUGCGGAAGAUUUCCAAGGAUGCAGGGAUGCCCAUCCAGGGCCAGCCUUGCUUCUGCAAAUACGCGCAGGGGGCAGACAGCGUGGAGCCCAUGUUCCGGCAUCUCAAGAACACCUACUCUGGGCUGCAGCUCAUUAUCGUCAUCCUGCCAGGGAAGACGCCAGUGUAUGCUGAGGUGAAACGUGUUGGAGAUACCCUCUUAGGAAUGGCUACACAGUGCGUGCAAGUGAAGAACGUGGUCAAGACUUCACCUCAGACUCUGUCCAACCUCUGCCUGAAGAUCAAUGUCAAACUUGGUGGCAUUAACAACAUCCUAGUCCCACACCAGCGCUCUGCAGUCUUUCAACAGCCAGUGAUAUUCCUGGGAGCAGAUGUUACACACCCCCCAGCAGGCGAUGGGAAGAAGCCUUCUAUCACCGCAGUGGUAGGCAGUAUGGAUGCCCAUCCCAGCCGUUACUGUGCUACCGUGCGGGUGCAGCGACCUCGGCAGGAGAUCAUUGAAGACUUAUCCUACAUGGUGCGUGAGCUGCUCAUCCAGUUCUACAAGUCCACCCGCUUCAAGCCCACCCGCAUCAUCUUCUACCGAGAUGGGGUUCCUGAAGGCCAGCUCCCCCAGAUCCUCCACUAUGAGCUGUUGGCCAUUCGUGAUGCCUGCAUCAAACUGGAAAAGGACUACCAGCCUGGGAUUACUUAUAUUGUGGUGCAGAAACGCCAUCACACCCGCCUUUUUUGUGCGGACAAGAAUGAACGAAUUGGAAAGAGUGGUAACAUCCCAGCUGGGACCACUGUGGACACCAACAUCACCCACCCAUUUGAGUUUGACUUCUAUCUGUGCAGCCACGCAGGCAUCCAGGGCACCAGCCGACCAUCCCAUUACUAUGUCCUUUGGGAUGACAACCGUUUCACAGCAGAUGAGCUCCAGAUCUUGACGUACCAGCUAUGCCACACUUAUGUACGAUGCACACGCUCCGUCUCUAUCCCAGCACCUGCCUACUAUGCCCGCCUGGUGGCCUUCCGGGCACGAUACCACCUAGUGGACAAGGAGCAUGACAGUGGAGAGGGGAGCCACAUAUCGGGGCAGAGCAAUGGGCGGGACCCCCAGGCCCUGGCCAAAGCCGUGCAGGUUCACCAGGAUACUCUGCGCACCAUGUACUUCGCUUGAAGGCAGAACGCUGUUACCUCACUGGAUAGAAGAAAGUUUUCCAAGCCCCAAGAGCUGUGCCGCCCAAAUCCAGAGGCAUCAGGGAGGAGGGAGGUGGGGUAGGGAGGAGGACAGAAGGCCUUGUUUCCUUCUACAGAGAGGGCAGAGGUGUGGGGAACAGGGCCAGUAAGCCAGACCACCAGCCAGAAACCUCUGAUAUCCACCUCAUGCCCCCCACCCCUCACCCCAUCUUGUCACAUGGCCCUGACCCCACUGGACCAAGAGGGGCAGCACUGGUGCCCACCAUACACACAGGUGUCUCACGUGACUCACAGUGCUAAAGACUCAUGCCUGACAGCUUGGUAAGGUCGGCUCUGCAGCCCUUCGGACAAAAGCUGGUAGGUUUGGGUUUGAUACUUUAGAUGGGAAAGUGAGGGGCUUGAGAAAGUGGGUGGGAGGAGGGAAGGAUUUUUUAGGAGCCUUAAUCAGAAAAGGUCUAGAUUUGUUUAAGAAGAAAAACGAAACCAGGCCCAGAUCAAUAUUUUAGGAUACAAGAUGUUUUAAUGGGUUGAGAAUCCAGUUUGUAGGAAGAUUUUUAAUCUAAUGGUUUUGGUUGCUCCUCCUCCCCUGCUGCUACCCCCACCCCUCUCCUUCCCUUUAUUGCUCUCUCUCCACCCUUUCUACCCUACCUUACACCUCCUCCCUGACAGACAUCCAGCCCCUAAUAAGACUUAAGGCACUAUGGCACUUAGCUCUGAAGUGACACGACCCUGUCUUCCUUCCACCCGCUGGUGGGUAACCAGUGCCUUCCCUGUAACGGUAAUGCUGCAGAACUGCAACCUUUUGUACCUUUCUUUGGGGGGGAUGGGGUGGGGUGGGAGAGGAGGUAGGUGGGGAAGAAAUACCCCUAACCCAACAAGCCUCCAGCCAGAGCGCCAGCUAUUUUGCAUUUGAAGGAAUUUACUUCCAUAUUCAUUGAGCUUUUAAAAAGAUUACAACCUCAAGAUGGUUAAAAUCCAUUGACAUUUGCACUUUCAGACCUGACAAGUCUCGGAGCUGCUGAGAUGACUGGCCCCUGGCCUUUCCACUUAUGCCUCCUGUCAGCCCUGUACCCUCCACCUCCCCACCUGCCUGAGUCUGGAGUUACUUUCAUAGCCUUUCUCACUCUUGGCUUCUUUUUUCCCUUGAUGGUCAAGUCUCUUAUGUUUCACUAUUUCUUAACUGGGGUGUCUUAUAACAAACGAUCCUUAGGUCUAAAAUAAGGAAAAAGAGCAAAAACUAAAUGUUAUUUUUAUAUCAUAACUUGAGUCUAUUGCCAAAAUCUGGAACCCCUCCCAUGCCCAAUGAGUUUACAUCCCAGAAACAUUGAGCCAUUAGAAGGAACUAUGUACCUUGACUUGUUCUUUGGCCUCGGUAAGGGGUGGUUAUCUCCCCAAGGUGGGGCUCGGGCUCCAUCACUUCCUCUGUGCAGAAAAUACCUUUUUCUUGCUACAGGCUCCCUCUGCACUGCCCUGCAUUCUCCUGCAAGUGCGUCUUCCCUUCCUCUGGACUGUCCUCUGACACUUUGGCUCAUCCCAGAUUCCAGCGUGUCCUGUGAACAGGCUGGGGGAUUUUGCUGCUCCCUAUUGCUUCUGUUUACACAAAUGAAUUUUUCCUGGUUUCCCACUAGGGCAUGUGAGUGGGUGGCAUGGGUGUAUAUGUGUGUGUGUGUGUGAGUGUGCGCGCGCGCGCGCGUGUGUGUGUCUCCCCCUGGAGAGAGAUGGGUUUUGGCUGUCUUAUAGAACUGGUAAAGUAGGGGGUUGUAACUUGGUACCUGCUGGCCUUGAGGCAAGGGCCCCUCUUUGCUUGACUGUUCAUUUUCUCCUUUCCCACUGCCUGGGCUGGGAACUUACAGCUUCAGCGUGGAAAUGCCUCUUUUUGAGGAGCCUGGGCUUGGGUUUUGCCCCAAUCUGGUGAUGAAACCAUGACACUUUAGACCUAGCUCAGGCUUGGUAGCCAGCUGUUGGAAGGCCGGUUUGAACCCAGGCCUGUGCAGUGAGAGGUACCAUUUCCCCUCCCCAGCAGCCCUUGUACAGAUCCAGAUUUGCUAUGCAAAACAGUCUCUCCCAGGUUCUGUUCUGGUUGGCUACUUUGUUCAGCGACUUCACAAAACGUAGCACAAACAUUGAUUAUGGAGGAAGGCAUCAGAACUGUUGAGAAACUCCUCCUUUACUUCUUUUCCUACUGGCUACAGCCUGGCUGCCCCAUGGGCACAGCCCAGCUGAAGAACAGAAUGGAGGGCCCUGGGAGGAGGCAGCUCACUGGAGAGCCUACAUUCCUUACACAAGUGCCUAAAGAGAGUGAUGCCAACACUCCGUCUGCCCUGUCCAUCACCUUCAUAAUACUGUCUACUUCGUGUGCAGCCACCCCUAGGGGAGGAGAGCUCUCUUGGGACAGUGGGCUCUGCAUGUUCUCUUCUUGGGUGCAUUUUGGGGCUGGGAUCAGGGCACUAUUCCUGGAGGGUCCACUCAUUCACCAGCAUUUGCAAAUAUCCAUAGGGAGCUGGUGGUAGCCACCUCCUCUCGGCAGCAAGUUUGUGUUCUCCUUUUUCUUUUUGCCUCACUCUCUCCAGUUGGGUUUGGAGCUGGGGCUUGAAAUGCAUUUUUGAGCCCAUAGGCACUACACAUGCCAUUCAAGAAAGAAAAGCAGGAGAAGCAGCUUGGGCGAUGGCAAGAAAAUGACUUCUUGCUCUGAUUUUUUUUUUUUUUUUUAAUCUUUGAGACUUGAAAAAUACCCUAAACUUGAGGAUGAUUCUUGUUUUAAAGAUGGUGCAUGCAGGAUGGGAGCUGGUGUUGGCAACAAGCUUUGGCUUUCUUGAAUUUGGUUUCCGUGGUGCUUCUCACUUAAGCUCUGAGGAAGCUCUGGGAUGACCCCAGCCUCACCCUCUUAGACAGGCCUCUUGUUCCCUUUGUUCUACUCGCUUGCCUUGCUUUCCCUCUUCUGUCUUCCUUUUUUUUUUUUCUGUUCAUUCAGCUUGCUGGCUGAUCUGCCUGCCUAUCUGCCUAUGUGAUGAUGAAUUCUCUGCAUGGCUACAAUGAUCCCACUGUUAGGUAGCAAAAUCAGGCCUCACUCCUUGGCUGCAGAAGACCCAAGAGUCUGUUCCCCAAGCCCAGCGAUGUCCUCUUUGGGCUGGACUGCCCUCAAGUUGACACGAGGGCAGAGCAGCAGGCCUAACCAAAUGGCAUGAAAUCAGGGGGCUUCUGGCAACUUUCACACCUGUCCACUCCUUGGAGUUGGUUUCUGUCAUUGCUUUUUCUAGAUCUGGUUCCAUUUCUCUCUACCUGGGUCUUCUCUUUUCGGAGGAUCUGUUAGGGUUGAGCUAUUUGAGUAUCCAGGGUUGGAGUGUUAGGGGAUAGACAUGGGGGAAGAAGAGAAUGAUGGGAAGAGAAUGGAGAAAAUUUGGAUGAAAAGUGGGAAAGGAGAGCACUGCUCAUUUUUCCAGUCCUUCCUGACCCAUUGGGGGCUGAGGUGCUACUGCUGGCCUCUGGGGGUAAGCCUGGGGCCCCUGUUGCUGGAAACUUCGCCUUAGAAUAGAAUAAUGCUGAGGAAGUACCUAAAGGUGUGAAACGGCCCUACAAAGCUCCUGGUUUCUACUUACAGGAUAGCUGCCCUUUGCCUAAGCAACAGUGUUCUUGGAGUUUUCUUUUUCUUGUCUAGAAUUCUGUAAAUGAGACUAGCACUCAAAAUAGGCAGCACUCAAGGGGACACUGACUUCUUGGCUGGCCCAAGGAAUAUCUACAAGGCUGAUAGGACAGUGUUUUAGACCUGGCGUCAUGUGUAACAAAGAAAGAUGGAAGUUUCUUCCCCUUCAGGGUAAAAAGUCAUCUCAAACUAGCCAAAAUGCAGUUUUGGAAACUACAUCAGGGGAAACUAUUUCUAUUUAUAUUUACCGGGUCUAGGCCAAUCCAGGAUGGUAGCUGGGAUGCCUUCUUUAAAGUCUGAUCAUGGCAGGGAUAUGCAGGGCGCACUGUUUUCUCUUUGGAUUUCUAAGCAGACUGGGGAGAGGGGAUGCUCUGGUUUUCUCUUUCCCCCCAUUUAUUAGGACUUGCCUUCUCCCUGAGCAGGGAGGGAGAGGCUAGGUUGGUGCUGUCCUCUUACUCUUCUCCUACUGACUUAGAACCUCUGGCUGCUGUUUGGGAGCCCAAGAAAGGGAGUGGAGGGAAUGACUCAAACAAAAAACAAAAAAAAAAUCAGGUGGGGAAGGCAGAUUUUCUUCUUUAAAAAGGAAAAUGAACUCUCCAAGGAUUGUGCAAGUAAAGACAAUGUGUCGAAUGCACCAAGCCCCCUGGUGUAGUAGCAAUAAGGAAAAAUGAAAUGACUUUCCUCUGCGCACAGUCCAACCUGAUUGGUGUGUGACGUUGGCACUUAGCAGCCAUCUGGUGGGCAUGUGUGACGACUCUGGGUAUUACUUUAGUUUUUAAACUUUUUCUCCCUCUCAAGUCCAGCAUGGAUAGGGAAACGUCCCUGGAGCCCCACAGCUGUGUACUUGUUUGCAUUUGUUUCCCUGAGACUUGUGUUCGUGUCCUGCUUUGAGCUGUACCUUGUCCAGUCUAUUGUAAAAUUAUCCCAGCAGCUGUAAUGUACAGUUCCUUCAAAAGUAAGCAACAGCAGCAGCACAAUUCUGUUUUAUAAAGACAACAGUGGCUUCUAUUUCUAAAGUGCGGUCUCUCUCUCUUCUCUCUCUCUCUUUUUUCCUAUUAGCAAAGCAAACUGUUAGAUUAAUUAUAUCUCUGAUAAAUUUUAGCUUAGAAUAAUAGAUCGCUACAAGAGCAGAACCAUCACUUCUAAAGGAGGAAAGCGGCUAAAACAAAUUCCAGAGUGUUGAAACUGCAGAUUGUAUGUAAUCAUACUUGACAGGGCCUCCAUUUAUUCUUCCACAAACACGUAAAGUAUUGUGUCCAGCAGUAUUGGGGGGGAGGGGGCACAAUUCAAAAAUGAGGAAAACUGGCUCUCUCCUUAAGGUGCUUAAAGUUUGGUGGGGGGUAUGAGUAGCCAAAUGGUCCCUUGUUACAGGAGAAAGAUAAUGAGGGACUGGAACAAAGCUAUAAGGCAAUGACGAUAGAGAAGAAAGGGCAGAUUUGAGAAACACUCAGGAGAUAGAAUUAAUAGGACUGAAUGGAUAAUGGACGGGGAAGAGAAGGGUAGGGGCUGAUGCCCAGGUAUCUGCUGGAGCAAGUGAGUAUAUUGGGACAUUCCUUUAACCAAGACGGGGUAGGGGAGACUGUAGAAGGAAGCUGGUGAAUUUUGUGAAGAAAGACAAUUAGCCUUGCUUGUAUAGACUGAGUUUUGAGGUUCCCAUGGGGCAAUGAGGUUAAGGUUUCCAGUAAACACUUAUGUUUUGGUGCUCAGGGAAGACUACAAAACUGCAAUUCUAGAUAAUGGGAUUCAUAUUCAUAUAGAUGAUAGUUAAAGCCAUAGAAGUGAAUGAGAUGGUUUAGAAAAAGUAGAGUGAGAGACACAUUAUGUACAGCUAGGAAACAACUUAAGGGAUGAGGAGAGGAAGCAGAACCUAAAAAUGAAUGUCAAAUCACUAGUAGAUACCUUGUAUAUUUUUGACUGAUUUAAUGAGGUGGAAGAAAAAUCAAGUGAGUGGGAUAGGAUCCAAGAAGGAUGUGAUUAACACCAGGAACUGCGGUGGUGAGGAAGGGGUAUUUUUAUUUUCUACUCAGUUCAUCAUUCUCCACCCCAUCUUCUCUUGGAUUUUAUAACUUUAUGGUCAUUCUCCAGUGUUUCUUCAAUAUGAGCAUUGGAAAACCUAAUUGAAUAAGGUUAAGACUAGGACUUCGAAGUUGUUCACCACAACCGCCACCACCACCUCCAGCUUCCUCCUGUCCUCAGGAGAUACUUGUAAAAGAAUAAAAUAAACAAACCUAUUUUUGUUCCUAA